AUGCAAAACACUGAUACUCCAAGAGAUUGGCUACCGCCUUUGCCUUGUACACCAGACUCCAAGUUCAUACGCGUUCUCAAUAUUGCCAAGCCAGAGGAUCCCAGCGAUCAAGAAAUUGUUUGCAGCAUCGAGACUCUCAACAUCGCCCAAGAUACAAGAUUCACAGCCCUUUCCUACGUGUGGGGAGUCUCCCCAUCACUCACGAAAACGAUACACUGCAACGGAAUCACAGUACCUGUGGGUACGAACUGUUGGUCGGCAUUAUGGCAUCUUCGCAAUGGCUACUACUCGGAUGAUCCAACUGUAUCUGGUGGUUCGCGCGACAUCAUGACAAUCUGGGUUGACUCGAUAUGUAUCAACCAGCAAGACUUGAAGGAGAAAGAGAGCCAACUGCAGUUAAUGGCAGAUAUCUACUCCUUGGCACGGCAAGCUUUUGUGUGGCUUGGUGAGGGAACGGCCGAGUCAGGCGCUGCCAUUGAAUACAUGAACAAGGCAGGAUUCCAGGAGGCUCUCGUUGAAGUGGGCGAGCACCAAUAUGAACUGCCCCAGAGUGAAUUCUUCUAUCUAAGGCAAGGAUGGAAGCUAUUCACCUACCAGAUAACAAAUCUUCCAUCCCCCCUCUGGAAAUAUGGCACCGAGUUUCUAUUCAUGUGCUUUCCUAAGCAUAGGCUCUGCGAUUCGGCAGCUCUUCAAGAUAUUUGUUGCAGACCUUGGGCAAGCCGAAUCUGGACAUUCCAAGAGAUUCUUCUUAGCCCUCGACCCCUUCUCUGCUGUGGCACAAAGACUCUUUCCUGGCGCUCAUUCAUACACGGCAUUACGUAUCUUACAGUGGUUACCGAGUAUCCUGUCUUACCAGCCCAGUAUCGCUGGCGCAAAAUUGUUACACUGUGGGCGUAUGUUCAGGAUUCUUGCGAGCUUCAGAACAAUUCUGGUAGCCAACAGCUCCGGUUCCAGAACUACCUAUGCGAUUAUGAACUAUUCGUUGACCACAUAAUAGGGGCUUGUGUGGUUUUCAAGGCUACAAUUGUUUGCUUGGUUAUUCUGACGAUUUUCUUCUGCCUAGUGUUUUCGGCAGGGCUGUGGGAGGAUUCGGAACUUACCAAUGUCAGCCUAAGUGCCGAGGCAUGGACUGCAGAGUUCAUCCUUGGUCUCUCAUUAUUCUUGACCGUCGCUUCCAUCAUCAUCGUCUCGCUUUACAUAAUGGUGUCCACUAUAAUUUCUGCAGGACGAUUAGAUGAUAUCGAACGCAAGAACAUCCUGGGCCGAUCGGAUAUCGACGUACGCGAUGCCAUAAUUUAUGAGAUUGCCACACGGAAGGCCACUAACCCCAAAGACAAGUCCUUUGGUCUGCGAGCGAUCUUGAGCAAAAUUGGACCGCAACUAGACGACCCCGAUUACGACAAAGAUAUUCACCGAAUCUACCGGGAACUGUUCGUCCGACUAUUGGAUUGGUCAGAAUCCCUGAACCUUCUUCUGUUCUGCGACUCACCUACGACGUCAACGCUACCAUCUUGGAUGCCGAACUGGGCCAUCGAUCCUGAUCAGAGCUGGAUUAACCGUAGGGCAUUGAUUUGCCAAGGCGGGCUUGAAGGGGUCUUCUUUCGGACACCAAGCCAUUGGUCUCUGACAGACAACGAAGAACUAGUUGUUCGCGGCGUGCAUCUUGGUUGCAUCUCCUGGAUUUGCGGCAAGUUUCAUGAGACCAGCGCUACGGACCAUGUCUCGGAUGAACAUUCACAUCUCCAUAAUAUCUCGAUGAUUCACGGCCUGAUACGACGUUACAAAGCGGGAAAAUGGACGCCCAGAACCAAGCUUGACCGCCACCGGAUCCUUUUACACUGGGAGAGAAGCAAAGACCCUAAACAGGACAAACAGAGACUCAAAGAGUGGGGCCGAAUGAUGCGUCGCACGAGUAUCAUGCCUGAUGCUUCCAUGUCGGCGCUUGCGUAUCUGAAAUCGCAUCCUGAAUGCUUCGAGUUUCACAUAGACAUGUGCAACGACCUAGCAAGAAAGGGCAGAACCUUAUUUUUGACCGAGCCCAGCACUCUAGGAAUCGGAAACGGCCCAACGACCAUUCAAGUUGCAGAUUUGGUCACCCUUGUCGCAGGUGUCUCCAAGCCUCUCAUUCUAGAAAGUCGGGAUACAAGAUAUCGUUUGAAAGGAUUUGCCGAGAUGGAGUACGAGCGGUAUUUCGCUAUGAGAGUGCAUCUUACGCAGAGUGUUCGUAUGGUAAUGGAUAUGGAUGCAUCCAUAGGCGGCUGGGAAGAUUUUGGCGAUGAAAUGCAGCCACGACAUAAGAUAGUCAUCUACUAA